AUGGAUCCCAUGGCUCAACAACAAGCCCAAGGCGAACAGCCUGAACUCAAUGCCUUUGGCAAGUUCACUGCUCAGUUCUUGCAGUACGGCGCCAAUGCCUCCAACAACAUUUCAACUGCAUUCGACUCAAUGGACACAAAGGCAUGGAUACGUCUUAUCGUCAUCGUCGGCGGUUACAUGCUUCUCCGCCCCUUGGCCCUGAAGUUUAUCACGAAAGGAGCUGUUCAGAAGAUGGAGGACGACGAUGCCAAUGACAAGCGCAAGGCCCAGAUCUCCCCUAACGAGCUGCGCGGACUGGCUGAGGACGAGCCCGAAAUCGAUGCGGAGGGCGACGGUACCGGUGCUGACUGGGGCCAGAAGGCUCGUGUGAGGCAGAGAACUAUGUUGAAGGACCUCCUUGAAGCUGAGGAGCGACGAAGAGAAGAGGAGGAGGAGGACAAGGAUAUCGCAGACCUUCUUGAGGACUAG